CAGCGGGUGUCUGUCUGCCACCUGCAUGUUUCAAACCUGAUACAGCCUCUGUUGUGAGUCACGCAGCAGGACGAAUAAUUGCCACUGAGAGUGGUUGGAUUUUCUUUUCCAGCCAGGGACUAGAAGAUAAAAUAUUAAAGCACGAACUGCAAAGCUUGUAGGGCUCUCGCUGUGCAAAAAAGCUCCGGGUAGACAGACUGAUGUCCCAGCUGCACCGUUAGGAGAAUCAUCAAUAAAAGAACAACACUGCAAAUAGGAGAGAAUCAGGACUUUAUCCCACACUGGGGAAAUACAGCUCGUGAGCUGCAGUGCCUCCGCUUGGGGAUCAAUCCUGCCUGCUCUUGGAGGCACAAUGUUCAAGUCAGAGGCAAAAUCAGGCUGAACCUCCUUCUGGAUGUGCCUCCUUCAUCCUGCUGCCUUUUGGGAGCCUGCAGACAACAGCUCCUGUUCCAGGCACUGGAGGCAACCAAACCCUUUGGGCAUCUCUGCCUUGAGAAUCACCCAUCACAGAACGGUUGGGGUUGGAAGGGACCCUAAUGGCCACCCAGUCCCAACCCAAUGGGAUUCCACUGACUCAGGUUGCUCAAAGCAUCCAACCUUGAGCAUCCACAGCUUCUCUGUGCACCCUGUUCACCUCCAUGACAAGGAUAUUUACCUCAAUAUCCAACCUAAAUCUCUUCUCUUUUAGCUGAAAGCCGCUGCCCCUGAUCCUAUCGCUACGCUCCCAGAUCAACAGCCCCUCUUCAUCUUUCCUAUGGACUCCUGUAGGCGCUGAAGGCCAACAUAAGGUCUCCCUGGAGCUGGUGGGAUGCUUCCCUCUGCUGGCAACGAGCAAUCCUGCAAGCUUCAGCAGGAGACAUGGAACUCCUUCUAUCUCCACAUGGGCACCAAGGAGGGAGCCGCUCUGGUUUCCUAUGGUCAGAUCCCAGUAUAUCCCAUCAGGACUGGAUGUUUGGGACACAGAGCAGCCAGGAAGCCUGGAGAAUCUCAUCGCUGUGCUGGGAUACGAGUACAGGAUCCACUCAGCGAGGCACCACGUUAAGAACAAAGCAGUCCCAGCCUUCCCAUUCCCAUCCCUUGCGCAGCCAGUUACCAGCUUCUUACUGAUCUCCCCAAGGCAGAACGCUGAGAUCCGUUUAAACGCAUCUAGGAGCCAUCAAAUACCAGGGGGCGCUGGUCUCGCCGCCUUUGUUGCCGUUGGCGCCUUCCUCUAUAUAAGCUGCGGCUCCGGCGGGCUCGGUUCCGGCGAGCUCGGUUCUAUCUCUGCUCGGUUCUACUCGGCCCAGCCCGGCACGGGCGACGGGAGGAUGGAGAUGAAAAAGCGGCUCACGCUGGAGCUGCGCAAUAAGAAACCCGGAGAGGUGAAAGAGCUGGUUCUUGAUAACUGCCGUUCGGAUGAUGGGAAGAUCGUUGGGCUCUCUUCAGAUUUUGAGAACCUGGAGUUCCUCAGCAUGAUCAAUGUCAACCUGCUGUCCAUCUCCAAUCUCCCCAAGCUUAACAAGCUCCGAAAGCUGGAGCUGAGUGAUAACCGGAUUUCUGGUGGCCUUGAAGUUCUAGCAGAGAGAACUCCUAACCUGACACACUUGAAUCUAAGUGGCAACAAGAUCAAAGACAUCAAUACCCUGGAACCCUUGAAAAAGUUGCCAAACCUGCAUAGUCUGGACCUCUUCAACUGCGAGGUGACAAUGCUCAUCAACUACAGGGAGAGCGUGUUCACCCUCCUGCCCCAGCUCACGUACCUAGAUGGAUUUGAUGCUGAUGAGCAGGAAGCCCCCGACUCAGACCCUGAGGCAGAUGGGGAUGGACUGGAAGAUGAAUAUGAGAAUGGGGAAGAAGGUGAGGAAGAGGAGGAUGAUGAUGAGGAAGAUGACUUGGAUGAAGAAGUCAUUGAUGAAGAAGAUGAUGAAGAUGAUGAUCUGGAAGGUGAAGAGGAGGAGGAUGGAGUAGAUGAUGAGGAGGAAGAUGAGGAAGAUGAUGGGGAGGAAGAUGAUGAUGAAGCUGAUGAUGACCUUCCACGAGGGGAGAAGAGAAAACGAAAUCUAGAGGAUGAAGGAGAGGAAGACCAAGAAGAUGAAGAGGAUGAUGAGGAUGACUGAUCCCAGCGAGCCAAUCAGUUUUACAGACUAUGACUGUGCUUGUCUUAACCUCCCCGUUGUGUCUAUGUGAGACUGUAAUUCCCACCUCCCGCUCCUCCUCCCCUUUGUAUGGCUGCAGCGUCCACAAUAUAUUUUUUUAAGAUGUAGAAUACUGUAGGCAUUCAGGGGAAUCUUCCAUACAAGGCUCUCUUUCUCACAAGUAUCUCAUGACCAAAGGCUUUCUCCGUUCUGUGGUUUGUGCAGCAGUUUGCAAAAAAAAAAAAAAAAAAGAAAAAAAAAGAGAAAAAAAAAAAAAGAAAAAAAAUAUAUUUCCUCCUUAGGGUAUUUUUGGUGUCUGAAAUCAGCCUUUGCCACACUGGACCCAGAGCUCCAACCCACCACCCUACCUGACAGCCAAGAAGGUGUGUUUGUUAUCUGCAUGCCCUCAGACCUGCCUUUCCGAAGACACUCGAAGCCAUCUCGAGCAGUGGGUGCAAAUCUGGUUCAUCCAAAUGGACUCUUGAAAAAGAACCGAUCACUGAGGUCUCUCUGGUCGGAAAUAAUGGUGAUGUGAUCUCUGGAUAUGCUUGAAGAUACUUUAGUGCUGGGAUUGUGGGGUGCCUGGGCUCUUGGGUGGGGGUGGAGGGGCUGGUGACUGCUUGCAAGACCUGGUACCUCUGGUGAUGCACCUUGCAGUAACCCUGUACUUGCUUUCCUACUUUUGAUAAACUGGAAUAUUUUCUUUUUCCUGAUUGCCACCCAGUAACUUUGACUUGGAUGUCCAAGCAGCAGCAGCAGCUGAUUUAUGGUCCCAAACACCUUUGCUGAGGUUUGUCAUCGUUUUAGCAGCCUGUGCUUUGGGAAGAGAUAGGAAAUAGCAGGUUUAGGGAUACUGCACUUCUGUCAAACUCCAUUUCGCACUGUACAGAACACGUUCAACCAGUAUCACUGUGAUGCACCUAACUCGGCGUUCCCCAGGAGACCGUGUUAGCCUAUAUAAUCUCAGGGUCCUUCUGCUUAGCCAGUAACAGCUCUGGACAGUUGCCUGGUAUGUGUCCUCCUCCUUUUUCCUUUUUCAGCACAAAGUGCGUUGCUAGAAAUGCAGCUUGCUCCCAUUCAUGCUGUUUUCAUGCAGCAGGAGCCAUGUCUCCCUCUGACCUGGGGUGGCUGGAGCAGGGAAGGGGUGGGGAGGGGGUGGAUUGAACCAGGGCUAUCUCUCCACUGCAGUUUCUGGCCUCUGACCCUUCCUUUGCCACAAUGAUGGCACAGCUGAUAAUACCUAAUGGAGAAACCUGGCCCUGUGACCUCCAGGGAUGGGGAAGGGGGGGAACUGUUGGGGUUUGCUGGGUGCCUGCAUUGGGGACGUAGAGGGAGCAGCAACACAGCACCCACAAUGGGGCAUCCCAUUGCUGCAUGGGGUUGGGGGGGGCACUGGCACUUUGCAGAGCUCAGCUCGGUGCUCCGGGCGAUGCGUUGGCACCCAGUGCUUGGAGGUGAGGCUCACAGGGUUCCCUCAGUGCUGCAUGGUUUUAUUGCAGCACCUCGCAGUUCCUGUUGCUUUUUUUGUUCUCACUGUUGUCUCUUGCAUUUUUUUGUACAGUAGCUGUAACCAUUCGGAGAAGGAACUACUCCUGUAAAAUGCAAACCGAGUAACUUAUAAAUGUUAAAGGAAUUUAAAAGCAGAGCAGCAGUUACUUGUAAUUUGUUUGUUUUUUUUUCCCUGCGUUUUUAGCAGAUUGUAUGGAUUUUAUAAUAGCCUCGUCACUGUCGGGUCCCCAUUGAUCAGCCUAGUCCCAGGAAUGAGGAUCUCCAGCCCUUUUGUAUCUUUUUUUUUGUUACAAAAAUAAUUUGGAAUAAAACUUUUAAUAAAUAAU